AGAUUUUAGAAUUGGUGUUAAGCUUUGGGCAAAUUAUGAAGAUACUCUAAAAUAUAAUAUUGAUGUGAAUGCUUGCGGAAUUGGAGAAUUGCUAAAUAAUAAAUGUCCAUCACUUAAUAAGAUAGGUUUUGGUUAUAUACUUCAAUCUAUUAAAGUUCAAGUUUCCCCAUUACCUAAUGAUGGAGGUGACUUGUUUGACUUAGAAAGAUGUUCACAGCCAACACAAUUGAAUCAAAAUGUUGAAUUUUUAGUAGGUAGUGAAAUGAAUAUUAAUGGAAACAUUGGAAUAUCAAGAACGGAUAUUACAGGUGGAUAUAAAAAGAAUAAUAAUACUAAAUAUUUUUCACGCGAAUGGGAAUUUAACUACAAAGGUCCUAUUGAUAAAGGAGAGUAUUGGUUAUAUGAACGUAACAAAAAUCUUGAUAAAAAAGAUAGUACUUAUGCUCCUGGAGUACAUUCUGGCGAGUGGUUUGUUAAAGAUGGGAUGCAUGGAUUUUGCAUUACUAUUACUCAGGUAUUACGUUAUGAGAUCACUCAUUGGUGGCAUAAAAUCCCUCUAAAUAUGAAAACUUCGUUGCAAAAGUUUCCUAUGAUGGCUCACAAUCUUGAAGUAACUUUUAAUGACCUCAACGACUUUAAUAACAAAUUCAAAAAGCUAAUAAAAUCAACAACGUAUGAUACUGAUGGCGAUAUCAUCAAUACUGUUGGCAGCAUUGAAAUGGAAAAUAAAGUUAAAACAUCAAAAAUUGAGAAUUUGAAUGAGAUUGGGAAGAUUGAACGUUCAUUGCGUUCAGUUUAAAUCAAUGAAAUUAUCAUAUGUAUGUAUUAUUGAACAAUAGUAUUUUAUUAUUUAUUAUUUACCGUGUAUUUAUAAGUUUUUACUCAACACUGAUUAUAGA